GGGAGGGAAGGGGAGGGGAAGGGAAGGGAAGGCGAGGCAGCCGGCGACGGCUCUCGGCGGUGCUUUGUUACGAGGAGGGAGCCACCAGGGAGCCGCAGGGUGGGCUUGUCCCCGCCGGCCCCGCGGAGCGCGGUCUCCGGGGCGCUGGGUGACAAGCGUGACCGCCCGCCGUUCCUCCCGCCGCGGCAGAUGUCCCCGGAUCCGCGCCGCAGCCUGCAUGCCCGCCCUGGGUGGAGCGGCCGCCUUUUGUCGAGCCGGGACCUGCUCUCUCCUUUCUCGUUCAAGCAGAAGAGGAGCUAGCGAGGAAAUUAAAAGCAAGCUCGAGUUGAUGUUUGAGAAGUUCGGGUGCGGGAGAGUCUGGAACUUCUGAAGCAGAUGUUCUCUUCUGUCUAUUAGAGCUAUACAUUAUAACAAUUGGAUUUUUGGCUUCCUGGAGAAACGUUAGAAAAUGCAAAACGAAAUAAUAAAGCCUGCUAAAUACUUCUCGGAAGUGGAGAAGAGUGUGCUGCUUGCAUUAGUUGAAAAAUACAAAUACGUGCUUGAAUGUAAAAAGAGCGAUGCAAGAACUAUUGCUCUGAAACAACGUACCUGGCAAGCACUAGCUCAUGAAUAUAAUUCACAGCCCAGUGUAUCACUGCGAGACUUCAAACAGUUAAAGAAAUGCUGGGAAAAUAUCAAGGCACGGACAAAAAAGAUAAUGGCACAUGAAAGGCGGGAGAAGGUAAAAAGAAGUAUUAGUCCGCUUAUAAAUACCCACAUCAUAGGGAAAGAGAAGAUUGCCAGCAUAAUGCCUGAGCAAAUGUACUUUUUGCAGAGCCCACCAGAAGAAGAUUCUGAAUAUCAGCCUGAUGCUUCUAGUCAAGAGUCAUUUGUUGUCUCAAAUAGAGAACUCUGUGAUGAAGAGAAAGAACUGGUACAUUUCCCAGUAUGUGAAGGUACCUCUCAACCUGAGCCUUCGUGUUCUGAUGUCAGAAUAGCAGCAGAUAAGAACUACAGAAGUAAAGCAUCUCAGGAAAGUGCUCUAAAAAAGAUGCAUGAAGAAGAACAUCAUCAGCAAAUGUCAAUUUUGCAACUGCAGUUAAUCCAAAUGAAUGAAGUUCAUGUGGCAAAAAUACAGCAAAUAGAAAGAGAGUGUGAGAUGGCUGAAGAGGAACACAGAAUAAAAAUGGAAGUGCUAAAUAAAAAGAAAAUGUAUUGGGAGAGAAAACUGCAGACCAUCACAAAAGAAUGGCCUGUAUCAUCCUUUAACAGGCCCUUUCCUAAUUCACCGUAGAACAUAAAGGGGCAGAGAGUCAGUUUGAUUGAGCACAUUUAUGAGUAACGUGCACUGGAAAGGUUUUCUAAUGUGAAUGUACAGUGACAGGAUCAGUACCUGGCUGAUAGUGAACACACUUUGACUCUUAACAUUUAGGGAAACAGACACAGAGGCCACCAAGGGGAAAACCUUAUUGUUCAUUUGUAGGCAGUUCUGAUUUGUUUAACUUUUAGACAUGCACAGUGUUCUAAAAUGUGAACAUAUUUUUCCCUCUCAAAAUACCUGCGAAAUUUAAGGUACUCUGGGUAUUCUUACAUUGGAUGUUCUUAAGAGAACUUAACAGCUUUAAACAUGAGGUUAUACUAUUUAUUUUUAUUUCUAUCUCUGUCUCUUCCAAUCUAUAAUUUCCCAAAUGAAGGCAUGGCUCUGUGUUGCCCUCUGCUAUUGAGACAAAAGGUGAUUGACAGGUAUUGGUUGGAUACUUAUGCUGGGGCUUAGAAAACAAAACAAAACCAAACCAACUUGUCUGUGGUUAAUAUAGUUCAUAACUUAUUCUUCAUAGAAGAUGUAAAAAUGAAGAAAAUAGCAAAAGGACCACUGUAGUAACCGUGCCCUGUAUUUGUGAAGAACAGUAAUAUUUUCCAGCUCACUGGCUGAUUGAGAGAACAGUUGUGGAUUUGGCCUCUGGUUGUUUGAGCCUUGACCCUUAAGAAGUUGGAAAGAAAGGGACUUUUUCCUCAAAAGGCGCUGUGCUUGUCCUCUCUUUUCCAGGCCCAUCUCAUAUCCAAGUAGAAUACGGAAAUAGGAGGGAUGCAUGCUGCUGCCAGUGCUGUGUGCUGUUCACCUGGAGCCAUUCUAAGGGGAAGAGCUUUUUAAUAAUUCAUAAAGCUCUUGAAAUGUCACAAGCCAUCCAGUCCAUUGGCAAAGUCUCCCUCUUUCCCCCCAUGCAAUACCUUAUGGCAUAGCUGGAGUAUUUCAGCCUCUCCUGAGCUGCAAGAAGACUCAGAUGCUUCCUCUUUUACCUUCAUGUAGGAUGGGAAGCAGUUCAAGGGAAUCAUUCCUGUCUUGGAGCACUGUUAUGUUUUGUUCCAUCCUGCAGGUUCUGAUGGUGUGUUUCUCGCCUUUGCUGUCAGUGAGGGGUAAUGGACAUGAUUUGUAAUAAAGCAUUCACAUGAAGGUCCCCACAAAGUUUGGGGACCCAGAAUAGUAGAUGGUAGGAAAGCACAAAAAAAAAAAAAAAAAAAAAAAAAAAAAUCCUUCCCCAGGCAAUUAUUUAGUCUAGUGGCACAAGGCUUAAGAAAAUGUGAAAUACAGCACUCCAUGAAGAUUCGUAAGAACUUCUGGAGUGUGAAAACCUGUUUUACAGGAAGGUGUACAACCACCACUUGGAGCAGUGAGAAAAAUGAAAAAAACAUAAAGUUUCAGGGAAAAAACCGAGUAUCCCAUUGUUCAAUAAAGUAUUUUCAGAUCAUGAUUCACGAGGGCACGUCCGUAUGGUGAGCAACAUAUUCAAAUCAGGGUAUGUUACAAAACAUACAUUCCCAGUUACUCGCCCAUCUCUUCCCUGGAUGUUCUUUCUGGUAGUGUGAGUUUCUUUCGGUUUUCCUUUGGAUUUUUGUUUUCUUUUUGUGUGUGUGUGUUUCUGUUUCUUGAACUGCUUUCCCUGCUGAUGAUUCAUCUCUGCAAGCACUGCCACUAUCAACCACAGUACUCACUGUGGUUAACGCUGUGGUACAUACAUUCACUGUGCUAACACCAGCAAUCACAAUGGGGGUGAUUUAUUGCAACUUAUUUUAUAUGACAGAGAGAAAAAAAAUUUGCAGAGCUGCUGCAAGAUCAGAAGUAGGCCAUGUAUGAAAUCUGAAGACAGAUCUUUUUGACAGCAAACUCAGUUUUCUUACAAAUUGGAUGUGUAAAGGAAGCACAGGACUUCCAAACAAGGAUAUAUUUAAGGACGCUUUUUUUGUCUGCUGAAUGGAAACACUAUUGGACCGUAGGACAAUGAUGUAUAACAGAAGUAGAGGCAAAAGAAAGAAGUAAACAGGAGUAAGAACCUUUUUGUUCUGAGGUUGCAUUUUGUGGUCCGCAAGAUGAGUCAGUUAUUUGAGCAGUUAUGAUGAUUGUUCAGGCACCAUCCAGAAAAAAGGUAGGAAAGACAUUUCUCUUAACCAGUGAUGGGAUUGCUUCCACACUGCUUCUAAGUGAAAGUAAUUUGAAACUAUGAAAUUGAAACCAUGUACGUUAAGGUGUCAAAAGGUGACGGAUGGAGACAAUUUCAGCACUGUGAAGAGAGCAAGAAUGGAGAGACAAUCCAGUUAUAGAUAGCCCUGUGAGAAAGAAUGAAAUAGCCCAGGGAGAAUCUUGUGGUAUGUGAGACAAGGAUAGUUUUGACUCCUGAAAAUUAUACUAUUGCUUGUGAAAGAUUUUUUUUAUUUUUAUAUUAAAAGGUCAUUUAAAAUAUGCAUGGUUUUGGACUGCACUAAGUGAGAAAUGCCUUGCAUUUUGGUAUAUAUACUUGUCCUGAAACGAAAAGCUACAGUUCUUAGGCUGAACAAAGGAGUCUUUUAAUCCAGGUUCUAUUUAAAAGAAAGAAAGUUGCAGGUGAAAAAUUAGAAAAAGCCAGGAUGAAGAUGUGAAAGAAAGAAUGAUCAGUAGAGGAAGAAUGGGAAUGUCACACCUAACACAAAAGAUAUAAGAUGCUUUUGUGAUACAGGUAAUAGAUGCCUUACUGGUGACACAGGCUGUUGCUUUCCCAUCUGUCACUGAUGGUUGGUUGCUGUAAGGUUGGGUGAUAGACGCAGAACAAUGUAAAAGAUCAACAAGAUGAAGUAAUGUGUCUCUUUGCUAGGCUUUGACUUCUCCAGCUAACGGCUUUAUAAAUUGAUCUAUGUGGUGGAGUUUAAAUUACUUGAGAAAUGUGGAAAUCUUUUUAAUUAUUUAUUCUGCUGAUAUGGUUUAGCUUUUCUUUUUUUUGACUUUUCUAUUUAAUAUAGGCAUCUCAAGCAGUAUGUCCAUUUCUUCCUCUCCCUGUCUUCUAGCUUACAUCAUUCAGAUACUUUCACAUCAUUGUGUUUUCCUGUUAACCAUUUGGCCAAGCUACGUAGGUUAUUUUCACAAGGUUUUUUUUCGUAGAUAAACUACAGCAGUAUUUUAAGAAGAACAACAUACACGCUUUUCUCUGGAUUUGUUAUACAAGUUGUCGGCAAGAAUGAAAUCAAAAGAUAUUCUGGGUAAAAUGAUCCCUGCUUACCCUCAAAAGAAAAAAUACACACUAGCCAUGUUGUGACCAUUGUUUUCAGCCUCUAUGUUCUUAUGUUCUAUGACCUUCUAGCUAAAAUGUGGUGAAUUCCUUUACACUCACAAAAAUGACACUGGCCUGCCUCCAAGUGCUGUCUCUUCUUCAAUAUCAUCAAGUUUGUUAUCUGAUAUAAUCUUUAUUUAUUGUUUUGUUCUUCUCUGUUUCUUCCUUAUGUCUGUGUUCCCCCUUAAUUUUUCAACCAGCAAUAUGAGCAGGGAAUUCCACCCAGAACUAUGUGGUUUGCUCUUUCCUUUUUCUUGCCCAGAUUGUCUAUUGUCGCAACAACUGACCAUGAACUAGGUGCUUCUCACAGUCAUCAUCUUCCCGUUCCACAGAAAGCAAGUUUAGUAAGCCUUUUCUACACAGCUGCCCAAGCACUCUGGGUUCUGUGCACAGGCUCGUAACAUAUCUGAGGUUUUUGAAGAGAGAUUAGUGUAGAGAAAGGGCUGUAUAGAGAGGAGCACUUUCUUCAUUCCAGCUCCCCAUAGUUCUGAGAGGACAGUCUAUGUUAAUAGGCUGUUCAGGGAAGUGGUGGAGUCAUCAUCCCUGGAGGUGUUCAAAAGGCAUUUAGAUGAGGUUCUUAUGGACAUGGUUUAGUGCUAGAGUUAGGUUAUGGUUGGACUCUGUAAUCCUGAGGGUCUCUUCCAACCAAAAUUAUUUUAUCUAUGACUACAAAGUCAUUAAUCAGGAACAGAGCUAAUGCAGGAUGCUGAAGCUGAAUAAGUGGUACCGAUUCUUCAUAAAUCCUUGGGGUUCUGCAGAUGUUAGGUCUGGGGUUUCUUCGUAACAAAGUUCCUUCUUUCUAGGUAGUGGAAGAGUGUCAGCGGAAGAUUUUCAUAGAUAUUUCCUCAAGACUCUUACCUUGACAAAUAACGCAUCCUGCAAUGUACUACACUACUUCCUUCAACAGCCCGCUCUAUCACAGGAGCAAGGGAUCUUGCUACUUACCACUGAUCUUCUCUGUGAUGCUCCUUCCUACACUGCAGAGACGUGUUUAGCCGGGGCUGAAGGACACAGCCCUGCUGAGCAGCCAGUGCCCAGAGACACUGCUCCUUACAGAGCAGGUACAGCUGGGCACUCAGACCACGGGGCUGAGGUAGUCCCGUUGUAGCCCUGUGACCAGAGGAAGGAAGGGUGGCUCAGUGCUGCCCUUUUCAGAGUCAUAGCUCAUCUAGUGCAGCUGAGAAUGUAGUCUUGACUUCUGUUCAAUGGUUGUUUAUCUUCGUGUGUUUCCAAUACCAAAUUUUAACCGUCUCCCAAGGGUUUGUAUGAUUACAUAGGUGUUUUCAAUGAUCUUUUGCAGACGUUUUUCUGCUGGUUGUAGUUAAAGUGGCUUUUAUGAUCUGUCCUCCUUCUUCCUCACUUGCAUUACAAUGCUUCCAGUUUCAUUCUGAAUUUCUGUGGUUAUGGUCCAUACAACCCCACAUCCGUGCAAUAUCGUAUUUUCAGGUAUUUUUCUCAUAAUGACAUUGAAACAAUAAACAGCUACACAUUUAUCUAUUGUUACUCUGAGAGUAGGGGAAUUACAUGUCAAUCUUAAAAUAACAUUUUAAAUGGAUUUUUUCCAUGCAAGUAAAACCCCUUACAAGUAGUCCUGUGAUUUCAUAUUUUGAGCUAGCUUGUUGGAAGCUAUUUUUGUAAAAAAAAACCUGAUGCAUCUUAGUUAUUUUUAUUAGAUAAUUGCCUGUCUUUUCAUAUUAUUUUUCUGUUUCUUCUCAAAGCAGCUGACUGUAAACUCACAUCAUCACUGUUCCUGAACUUUGUCUCUAGUUAGAUACUCAGAAACAUUUCCGUACAAAGUAAGUACUACUGUGUACUAAGAUUAAUACAUUUAGGCUAAUAAAAUAAAUCAAGUAACAAGAUGAUAGGAUAAUAUGCAGUGACUGUCAAUAUAAUUUUGAAAGCGCUACAGAAGAAUUCUCUGUACAUUUGAUAAAAAGAAAGAACUUUUUUUUUUUUUGGCAUCUAUAAGAAUAGGAUAAUAUAUUUUUACAGUGAAAACAAGUAGUGAUCUCUGUUUCAGUUAUCACAGAUUAACUUCUGUGCUGCUGAUUUACAAGGUACUUUGCUUCAUAGAUAUUUUUUAAUUUUUUUUUGGUCAUGGGAUUGCAUAAACCAGAUUGAUUCCCUUAUAUGUAAAAAAGUGCACACAGAAGCGUGGACAGAUUCCUGGACCUAAAACAAGAGCAAUAAAAUAGAAAAGUACUAGCUGUGGCUCUGAAUAUUUUACUGUUCUGGUGGUGAAAGGGUUAAGCAUCCCACAUCAUCAGUCAUGUUAAUAACCCUGAACAAAUUAAAAACUCGCAAAGACAAAAAUAAAAGGGCCGGUGUGGUUUUCAAGGCCAGUCAGAAGUGAAGACAGCUCUUGGCUGUCCUAAGAGGUAACACUGUCACGUAUGUUGAACAAAUCCCCUGCACGGUCUUCACCUUCCCUGGUCACUGUUUCCUUUGAGGCUCUGGACAUCUCCAUCAUACCAUUCACAGCUCCAAGUGCCUGACAAUAAGAAAAGUAACCAUGUCAGGUAGGAAUCCCACUAGAGUUAUUAGACCUCACUCUUGACUAAAUUGAAGUUGGACAGUUUUCUGUGACUGCACUAUCUAGACACACAUCCUACACACUGUGGAAAGGCACGUGAAAUUUGUCCAGCAUCUAGUCUGCCAAAUGGCAUAGGCAAGGAAAAGGAGAAGGAAAAGAAAAAGGAAAAGAAGGAAAAGGAAAAGAAGGAAAAGGAAAAGGUUGUCCACCACAUGGCUGUAGGUUAUAAAACUGUUGAGGACAUGUGAGUGCAUCUCACUGGAUGGUCUUUAACCUCUUUAACAAUAAGAAUCAAGAAAUAUUUUUGCCAAAUCUUCUAACUCAUCCUAGUCUAGAUUUCCCAACCUGUCAAAACAGUCGCAGGACAAAAACAAAAGGGGAAAAAUAUUAAGCAGUCAAAAUAGCUAGAAACAAUCUGUUGCCUUCCUGAUGAAAGGAUGGCUAGAUAAAAAGUUACACUACAUAUAUAGAGGGAAAUAACUCCCUAAUGUAACAGAAAUAAAGCAAGAUUUUUUUAGAUAGUCCUUAUUUAAUUUAUGUGGGGUUUUUUGUUUUUUGUUUUUUUUCAAAUGUGGAUUGAAAUUGUUGGUUUCCCUUUUGUUAUUCAGUCCAGCUGCAGAAUAGUUGUGUGCUUCAGUUUCUGACCAAAUGUUAGAGCACCUCAUUAAUCAAAUCUGUUUGGCAAGAGAGCAGAAGUAGGUUUGUAUUCAACACAACUUGAGAUUGAUUGUAUUCCACAAGUCUUCAGAUAUUUAUUCUCAGAUAUAAGAGGCUGUUCUUGGACAGCUGUGAAUCUGAAACUGGCAUUAUACACCAAUUUAAUAGUAAUUUAUUGUUUAUACGGCAUUAAUGAGGUGACAUAAGCUGCUCAAGCUCUGCCCAUUACUUGGUCACAUAAAAGUCCCUUCCCUUUUCUUAUCAUUAUACCCUGAAAUAAUGUAUAAUACUAAGCCACAAAUGGACCAGCUGAAUCACCCAUACGAAUUCCUGCCAUGCAUUCUGUACAGUAUAAUGCAGCGAAAAAUAACCUCCUGCUUCUGUUUGAUUAUGGAGUUUUGAAAUUUUGACCUGAUAUUCUCACUGAGGCUUUGCUAAAAAUUAUUCUGUUCCAUUCGACACCUGUGUGUUCUCACAGAACUCUCCUUCAACCCAGUGAACCACGUGGCUUUACAACUUUUGAAUAUCAGCCCUACAGACUGUAUGAAGUCUGAAUUGAAACACACAUAAUAAAUCCCAUUUAUCUGAAAAAUAUCUUGUAAAUGCUCUCACAUACUGAGAGUCUGAAAAGUACAAAGUAAGGAGGUGAUGUGAUGGAUUUGGUAUUUAAACUGGGCAGAAAUUUUGGCAGGCUGGAAGUUAUCAGUGCUGACUUAAUAAAGAGGUUCAACCUCUGCUUAAGGAACAAAAACAUCCAAUCCAAAUAUUGCCUUAUCUCCAACUUUCCAUCUAAAAUUAGGUGAAAUUACAAGUCCUUGCCAAAUAAAGCAACAAUAGUUUCCAAAAUGCACUUGUUUCCUUUCAAUUAUUGGCUUGCCUGAGGGCUCAGAGGCCAGACUGGGCUUUAUGUUGUGCUCUGUUGGUGGCUGAUAGCAUUUAAAGAGGACUUCCCAUGCUGAUUUUGUCCUGUUCCUCCUGAAUGCAAGGGUCCCACUUGGAUGGUACUGGUCAAACCAUCACAAGGGGCUCACACUCACAAGUUGUCUGGCACUGACUCCCCAUACCUUUUCUGAUUAUCCGAUCAGAGGUGGUGGAUAAAUACUAAUAAAAAAUGAAGGGCUGUGGCCAGCAGGAACAACCAUCAUUGCUAACUGUGUCACUGCAGUACCUUGUCACGCUGACAAGGUGGCAAAUUUAGAAGUACAAUCAAUAAACAGUUGGAACGGUACUUUGUCUCAGCCAAUUACAACACUGUCUUUUGGGGUCUAUCUUGCUUUAACUCCUCUUGUAGUCUGAUAAAUUAAUUGCUUCCUUCCAGUUUAUGCUUGCACAGUCCUGCUGAAGCCAAUAGAUUUCUCUGCAUGUUGCCGUGGGUUUGACAGAGAAGUGUAGAUCCCUGCUCUCAUUCUGGUCCAAAUGCCACAGCUACCAACUCUGCUUCUGUAAAUCCAACACUGUCAGGGGGCCAGGCUGACAAAACAAGGCAUGGGAAAAGUCUGACUUGAACUUAAGCCCUUCUCCUACCCACAGCAUAGACAUAAGUGGCUCAAACCCCAUGGCACAGCAAGCUCAAGCUUAUAUCCCAUCACAACUUAAAAACCAAGUAUGGACAUAGUAACAGCAGUGGGUUGCUUUGAUCUCUGAAAACAGCUUUGGGUGGUAAGCAACUGGGGUUUUUUAGUUGUUGUACAUUAAAAUCUUACAAAUCAUGGGACAGGUUAAAAUUAAACCUGCUAGUGUUCAGCUAACAAGAGCAAUAAAUUAACACAGCUUCAGUCUGAAAGAUUCAGUUUUCUGUUAGGAUUUGUUUGGCUGGUAUAUGGUUAAUAUAUCAUACAGACAUGGUCUCACCUUUCUUGCUUGUAAAAUCUUUGCUACUUUCAUCAAAUUAGUUCGCACUCUUAAAUAAAAAAAUAAAGCCAACUCUGUUAAUCCAUCCCCAGUUAGACAGAUGCAUACACUCAAAUGAACAAUAGAUCAAAUAUUUUUGUAAUAUUUCAUAUUUUCAGCUAUAUGUGGGCUUUUAUGUUUAUUUAUACUUUCCACUUGUUAAUUUUUUUUUUUCUCUCUGUAGAGUCUAAGGUUAAAAAUAAUGAGAGGUCUGAUCUUCAGCUUGUCCUGACAUUUUAUAUCCAUAUCAGGGAAAGUUCUGGUAAUCCAUAAAUGCAAAUACAGAGAUAUUGAGAUCUGCUCUACUUUCCAGAGCACUAGAAGGCGUAGCCCUGACAAUACGUUUCUUGUUCUGGUUGUGUUUCUGAACUUCCACUCACAGCACGUACCAGCCCUUUAGCCACCAACUGGUAUCUGGCCGCACUGGUGGAGUUACAGGGUCAGCUUGUCAGAGGUGCUGAGCCACUGUCUUCAGCAGGGGUCAUGGUGAGUCAGGACUUCGGGGCAAAACGGGCUCUAGAAACCAUGGGUAGGAUUUUCAACAGAGCACUCUCAGAUCCCACCAAUUUCCAGGGAGCACUGGACCCUCACUUUCCCUGGGCAUCUUCUGGAAUUUCCAGCCUAUGAGACUACAAGUAAAAAAAUAUGGGUUUUGCUUAUAAAAAACAAUUGCAUCAUGGUUUUCUUUAACAUUUUUUCUUCCUAUGAUCUUUGAGUGACUUGUUUUGUUAAGUGAGUAAGAACUUCUAUUUUCCAAAAAUUCAUGCUGUUUUGCAGAUGCAUUUUUACAAUAUCCAACAAGCAAAAAUGCUUUAAGAGCUUUUUUUUCCCCCCAAAAUGUGUAAUUGCCAUCUCUGCCAGUACUACCAUCUUGUGAUGGUACAUCAUGUUGACUAUAUUUUGAGAAGUCUUACUGGCCAGGUUUUUAGGAGUCUUAUCUUUCCAAGGGGAAAAAGUAACUUUCACUUUAAUUUGGCAAUGGCCCAGGGUAUUUUUCAAGGUUGUUGCCAGACUUUCUCUCUCCACCACCACUUUUUCUUAUCCUGCAGAAGGUUCCCUUAUAUUGCAUGUAUAUUCCACCAGCACUGGAAUUGCACCUGAAUUCCUUUGGUCAAGGAGACAACAAGGAUCCUCUGAAAACCUCUGAAAGAGAUAACCUUUCCAUGUGUGUUCAGGGGGCUCAGGAUCACUGCAGUCUAAAUGCAGAGGCACUGAAAAUCAGAUCUCUAAAUUAUUGCCAGCACAAGAGCUUGAGAAUCUCAAGCAGAAGCUUGAAUCUAGGUGCUCCUCUUUGUCAUUUUUGUAUAAGUGGUCAAAUAAUUAGGAAACCACUCUUUCUUUACACUGUGUUGUAUUUAUUAUGUGACAUUAGAUUCUGUUGUAUUUUAACAAUGUAUAAAAUUACACUGUGCAGUGUUUGUGCUUAUAGUCAGUGAGCAUCUAAAAUUGAACUAGCACUUAAGUAUUGGGCUAUUUGUCAAAAGAUACUUGAAAAUGUAUACACUCCUUCUGAUACUAAAUAUUUCAAUGGAGUAUUAGAUGGUACCUCUUGUGGUCUUUGCCUUUUAUUAACAACAGUUUCUGGGUUUUGCUUUUUAAAUUGCACUAAAAGCUGUAUAUUAUUUAAGAUUCCCUUUUUAGCUGAACUGUAGGCACUAGGCUAAUCUGAUUUUCCUAGCAUGGUGUCAGCUUCAGUCAUCUCACCUGCUGUAAAGUGUUAGUUUAGUAUUGUAGUGCCUCAAACACCACCAAAGCUAUUUCUGCCUGCACAGAAGUUGCUUCUGGAAUUGCACAUUUUUUUUAAAAAAAAUUGUUACUGUUGUUUUUAAUUGAUAAAUAAUGCCCACAUUACAGUUUGGAUCUCUAAGGAACUCACAGUAUAUCUGAGUCCUUGGAAAUGUGAGGAAUUGGUUUUCAUUAUCUUUAUUGUGUAGCUAAUUUUCAUAGCAAAUUCUUUGUUUUUUCUACAGAAACGAUGAGUAAAAGGAGACAAAAGCACAGCUCAAAAAUGUAUACUUUCUGACAAUUGGGGGUGUGUGAAAUGCAACAAUAAGUACCAUUGGAGGAAGAGAUUAAAUAAUUGUCUAAGCGAAGGGAAUCUACUGUAUGUUUGAAGCUCACAGAGUAUGUAAUAAGGAUGACUAACUGUACAUUUUAGUGCCUUGUUUCUUGUAAAAUGUUUAACCAUAAAUUACUAAACAUAAAUAAUUAAGAAUUUCUGAGAAAAUGUAUCUAAAGAUUGUUAAUAGAAAUUGUAUAUUCACAGAAAGGUCAAUAAAUCAUCAACUAUUGUUACACAUUAA